GAGUUUCUCAGCCCGCAGGCAGGUGCUCUCAAAGGCCCCGCCGUCCUCCACUUCCUGAGGAGGCAGCGGCAGAACAAAGCCAGAAGAGACCCCUUUUCUCUUCCUCGUCCCAGCCCCGGCUGCCCCGGCCUCUGCCUCCCGGCCCCCCCCCUGGGAGAAAGGACAGGAUGAAGUGGAAGGCGCUUGUCACCAUGGCCACCCUGCAGGCACAGCUCCCAGUGACAGAGGCACAGAGCUUCGGCCUGCUGGAUCCCAAACUCUGCUACCUGCUGGAUGGAAUCCUCUUCAUCUACGGUGUCAUUAUCACUGCUCUGUUCCUGAGAGCAAAGUUCAGCAGGAGCGCUGCGGUCCCCGAGCACCAGCAGGGCCAGAACCAGCUCUAUAACGAGCUCAAUCUAGGACGAAGAGAGGAGUACGACAUUUUGGAUAAGAGACGGGGCCAGGACCCGGAAAUGGGAGGGAAGCAGCAGAGGAAGAGGAACCCUCAGGAAGGCCUGUACAAUGCGCUGCAGAAGGACAAGAUGGCGGAGGCCUACAGUGAGAUUAGGGUGAAAGGCGAGAACCAGCGGCGAAGAGGCAAGGCGCACGACGUGCUGUACCAGGGGCUCAGCACGGCCACCAAGGACACCUAUGACGCCCUCCACAUGCAGGCCCUGCCCCCUCGCUAACGGGAUUUCACCGCUCCCGGGGCAGACCUGCAGACGCCCAGAUUGUGAGACCCGGGAUAAAGCAUUUACAACCCACUUCUCUCGUGUUUCUCGGCCUCCCGAGUAUGCCUCUUUGUGAUUGGGAUGCUUUGGUCAUAGCUGAUCCCAAACCAUCACACCCAGAAUCUUGUCCCUGGACUCUCUAGGGGAGUGUGCACCCCAGAGGGACAGCCCUGGUCUAGGGCCUUCUGGUUUGCUGGUGACCGGGGGCAGACCCCUCUCCCGGCAGCUCCGUGCUGUCCCUGGGGCCCGGCACAGUCCCUCUCACAGCUGUGUUUUGUAAAGUCCCCGGAAAAACCCCAGUCGCUGGCACAUGUCCUGAUAGUCUGCAGUAUUUGAGUGGCUUUGCUCUCGCUGUAAAUUUGGUCACCCUUCCCCUGCUUUCAAGGUCACCUGUAACCGGGCUGUGUCGCGCCUGCCUGGGAGGGGGCUGGGCGCGGGGGAGGAGCCUGGGCAGGUGCGUGGCGGGGCCCUCGGUGGGGAAGGCGCGGGGCAGGGAGAGGUGACAGGGCAGGGAGAGGUGACAGGGCCAGCCGGGCCUCCUUCCCUCAGGCCGCCGUCCCACACUCACACGUGUGUGCCGGGCACCGGAAGAUGAACAACACCGCCCCUGAGCUGUGCACAAACUGGUAUAAAAAGUGUCAUCACACCGCAUGCACAGCGCGGGGGCGCAGCGGGAAGGCAGGCGACCGCGUUCUUCCCAGGGCCCUGGCUCGCCUCGCCGGCAGGGAAAGACGGAGAAACCCAUCCCCGCGGAGGCCUCCAAGGAAGACCCUGCACCCGGGACCUGUCGGGACCCCAGAGGACAGGGGCACGACGCCGAAAACCUCAGUCCACCUAACUAGAGCCUUGCUGUGUGACUAAAGGGCGCAUGACCGCGGAAGGAAAACCCUCUCCGCUCUGCUUGGGUUUAAUUUAUACUGGCUUGCUAAAGCCUUGCUGUUUUGCAUAAUAAAGGCUUCGGUGAAAACGC